AAGAAGAAGCAGCCGAAGUAGCAGUUCCGCCAGUCUCGUGUGGCAGCAGUCGCGCUCGUGCGGGCCAUGGAUUCGCUCGUCCCGUGUUCGCGAGCUCACCUCUUCUCCGUUGUUGUCGCACAAAACUCCGGCCCAGUGUCCGACCAGCCGUAGCUGCCGAGAGACGUUUGAGAAAUGUGUCACCUGUGUGUGGAGGCGGCGAGAGACACCAGCGGCAGCAAAAUAGAUAGACCAUCAUGAUUCCCAUCACAGAGCUCCGGUACUUUGCUGAAACCCAGCCAGCGUACCGUAUCCUGAAGCCAUGGUGGGACGUUUUCACCGACUACAUCUCGAUCGUCAUGCUGAUGAUCGCGGUGUUUGGUGGUACACUGCAAGUGACACAGGACAAGAUGAUCUGCCUGCCUUGCAAGUGGGUGAUCAACAAGUCAUGCGAGGCCAUGCCUGCCCCAAACGUGACCAUCCCCUAUGCACCGGAACCCAAAGGCAUUCAGUAUGACCUUGACCGUCACCAGUAUAAUUAUGUGGAUGCUGUCUGCUAUGAGAACGAACUACACUGGUUUGCCAAAUAUUUCCCGUAUUUGGUGCUUCUCCACACCCUCAUCUUUCUGGCCUGCAGCAAUUUCUGGUUUAAGUUCCCACGCACAAGCUCUAAGCUUGAACACUUCGUCUCCAUUCUCCUCAAGUGCUUCGACUCCCCAUGGACAACUAGAGCUUUGUCCGAGACCGUGGUGGAGGAGAGCGAUCCCAAGCCCCCUGGAAAAAUGAACGGCUCAAUGGACAAAAACGCCUCGAUUCUGAGUGAUGAUGUCGAGGCCAGCGUGCCCAUGCUCCAACGGACAAAGUCCAGAAUCGAACAAGGAAUUGUGGAUCGCUCUGAUACCGGGGUUCUAGAUAAGAAAGAAGGCGAGCAGGCAAAGGCUCUCUUUGAGAAAGUGAAGAAGUUCAGGGUCCAUGUAGAGGAAGGUGAUAUCGUCUACAGUCUUUACGUGCGUCAGACCAUCAUCAAAGUCAUCAAGUUUAUACUGAUAAUAAGCUACACGGUCUACUAUGUUCAGUACAUUAGGUUCAGUGUAGUGUGCGUAGUCAACAUUCAGAUGCUAACAGGCUACAACACUUUCUAUUGUGCUCACCCAUUAGCAACACUCUUCAAGAUUCUGGCCUGUUGCUACAUCGUGCUGGUGGUGGUUUAUGGUCUUAUCUGCAUGUAUACUCUGUGCUGGAUGCUCAGACGAUCCCUUAAACGAUAUUCCUUCGAGUCAAUUCGGGAGGAGAGCAGCUAUAGCGACAUACCCGAUUUAAAGAACGACUUUGCCUUCAUGCUACACAUGAUAGAUCAGUAUGACCCUCUCUACUCCAAGCGCUUUGCCGUUUUUCUGUCAGAGGUGAGCGAGAACAAGCUGAGGCAGCUGAACCUCAACAACGAGUGGACGCUGGAAAAGCUGAGGCAGCGCAUCACCAAGAACUCGCAAGAGAAGCUCGAGCUGCAUCUCUUCAUGCUCAGCGGGAUCCCAGACACGGUGUUCGAUUUAGUAGAGCUGGAGGUGCUCAAGCUGGAGCUUAUUCCUGAUGUUACUAUUCCUCCAAUCAUCGCCCAGCUCUCCAACCUCAGGGAGAUGUGGCUCUAUCACACACCAGCUAAAAUUGAGGCUCCAGCGCUGGCUUUCCUCAGAGAAAACCUGAAAUCCCUCCACAUCAAGUUCACUGACAUCAAAGAGAUCCCUUUGUGGAUUUAUAGCCUGAAGAAUCUUGGUGAGCUGCACCUAACGGGCAACUUAAGCGCAGAGAACAAUCGUUUCAUCGUCAUUGAUGGACUUAGAGAACUGAAGAGUCUCAAAGUGCUACGUCUCAAGAGCAACCUGACCAAGCUGCCUCAGGUGGUCACGGACGUCGGUGUGCACCUCCAGAAGCUCUCGAUCAACAACGAGGGCACGAAGCUGAUGGUGCUCAACAGCCUGAAGAAGAUGGUCAACCUAACGGAGCUUGAGCUCGUCCGCUGCGACCUUGAACGCAUUCCGCACUCUAUCUUUAGUUUGCACAACCUGCAGGAGAUUGACCUAAAGGACAACAACCUGAAGACCAUAGAGGAGAUCAUCAGCUUCCAGCACCUGCACCGGCUCGUGUGUCUGAAGCUGUGGUACAACCAGAUCGCCUACAUCCCCAUUCAGAUCGGGACUCUGACCAACCUGGAGAGGCUCUAUCUCAACAGGAACAAGAUUGAGAAGAUCCCCAGCCAGCUGUUUUUCUGCCGCAAGCUGCGCUUUUUAGACCUGAGUCACAACAAUCUGACCGGCAUCCAUGCUGAUAUAGGUUUCCUCCAGAACCUGCAGUAUUUUGCUGUGACGGCAAACAGGAUCGAGACCUUGCCCCCAGAGCUGUUCCAGUGCAAGAAGUUACGUACAUUGAACCUGGGAAACAACUGCCUGCAGACGCUCCCGUCACGCUUUGGAGAACUCACUGGCCUAACCCAGCUGGAGCUGAGGGGGAACCGUCUGGAGUGUCUCCCAGUGGAGCUCGGCGAGUGCCGGUUGUUGAAGAAGAGCGGGCUGGUGGUGGAGGAGGACCUGUUCAACACACUGCCCUCAGAAGUCAAAGAGCAGCUUUGGAGGGCUGACAAGGAGCAAGCCUGAGCAAAAGGCCUCAGUGGAGAAAAGUAUGAUUAGAAACAGAGAUUUUAGUAAUGAGCAGAGCCACACCUACUUGCUCAUAUGAGCUCAUAAAAUUAGUUUUAUUAUUUCAAAGGGUCAAGGGUGUGUGUUUUUUGUUUUUUUAAUGGUUGUCAAGGAAAUAUCUUGAAGAAGGUUGUUGUUAGUGUGGCUUUCUAAGAUUUUGUUGAAUAUGCAUGCCCAAGCAUUUCCUGUCUGAUCUGUACAGAUUUUAAGGGAGACACAGAAAAACGUCGAGCAGAUCAACCCUGCUGUAAAUGGCAGUACCUGUGUGACCUGCCUGUGGCCUUGGGAUUCAAAGUUCUGGACGUGUUGCGAUGCAGAGUAAGAAUAGUGCUGACAGCCAGUUAGUGGAUACAUAAGGAUCAGGCCCCAUUUUCAGGCAUCUUCUUGUGUCAAGAGAUGAUCUCACAACAUUGGCCUUACAGUAACUCAGACCAUACAGCGUCAGAAGCUACAAUUAAAUCUCUAACUAGCCUACAGUUGUUAAUUAGUAAUGUGGGCCUGUGUGCCAGACUAUUAAUUAGCUGUGGGUCUGUGACGCUGUGGUGAACAACGACUCCAAUAAACACAUGGGGAAUGCUUUAAUUUGCAGCCCGCAAUUUAAUUUAACCACUCAUUCCUGUAAUAUUGAUUUACUUGUACAAUAUGUACUGAUCUGUAUUUGAGUACAAAGUUAUGAUGGACACUGUUUAAAGAUCAGGUAGGUAGAUUGGUAUCCUACAGAAGAAUCACAGCCUUUAAAUUAAAGUGCAACCAACACGUCUUAUUUAGGAGUAAGGGAGGCUUCACCUUAUUUUGCAUGACUAAUGGUUUUUAUUAAUGUGUGAGAGACAGGACUUGAUUCAUGGGUGCGUUUGAACAAAGUUAAGAAUAUAUUUAGAAUUUAGGAAACAUGACUUGGUACUUUAGAAUGUUGCCACACACUGGCAUCAUGUGAAAAUGGACUCAAACGCUAACAAGUUGAGUGACUGACUGACUGAAUGCCAUAUUUGAUAAAGCCAUUGCUCUUCUGUGCUUUUAAGCAGUAUUGUAAGCUUUUAUGACAUAUCUGUAGUAGGAGAAUUUAAGUGACCUUUGUUCAGUUGGAGGCUCAUCUAUAUAAUUGUUGCUUCACUGACUAGAUUGUAAUUGCAAAAUCUUUUGUUUAUUUUUCUUUUAUAUUUUAAUUUUGAAAAUAUGCAAGCAUGCACAAUGCACACUACUGUUGUGCAGUAGUAGAUGGUAUAGAGACAAUAAGACAAGAAUCAUGAAAAGGUACUUUUUAUGGUUGGUAUGGUUUGUGUUUAUCAGACCUUAUUCGAUGAUGCUGCCACAACCAUGAGACGGCCGCCUUCGUACUGCCGGUGUCCACAAAUGAAGUCUUUCUGCGACUCAAGUGCCCAGUUGUUUGUAUUUAUCCUGCUCCGUUUACUCGAGGGAAAACUGGAUGUUUUCUUUUUUGUCAAAACCAGAGCAAACAGGAAAUUGCAGCGUGAAGAGAACUGGUUUUCACUAACCUUCCCCUAGGAAAAUGUUAUUGCUGAGAGACUGUGCAGAAUAUUCUAUUUCUACAUCCAUUGUCCAAAUUAGUGCAACAUGCUUUGUUUGCUUGAAACACUUUUCUCGUUAAGAUCCUGGCUUUAUUAGCCUCAUUUGGAGUCAACCUACUGUUUGCCCCAUCCAGGCUUCUAUUCUUACUAAUAAGCCUUAACCUUUACGAGCUGCAUGCCCUGUAAACCAUCACAAACAUCACAUUCAUGGCUUGUUUUUUUUGUUUGUGCUGUAAAAUGUGUAGCUGACACGUUGUUUCAUGCAUAUCGGUCAUACCAUAGGCAUGUGGUGUUAUGGCUGCCAGCUGUUUUAUAGGCUUUAACGGCACCUUUUGUUUGGUAAAUGUAUUCACUGAGGCCUUGGUUGUAUCGGAACGCCCUUGACGGCGUAACCGGUGAAGUGCUAGUUUUAAAGCAGCUACUUUUAAAGUCAAAGCUCAAGGUCAGAAAGGCAAGUGAAGACUUAAGAUUGCUUUACAAUUACAGUCUCAUCACUUAUGAUUUGUAGGUGAACUCUGAAUGAGGUCCAACCCUAGAUGUCAUAGAGGGCAGUAGCUGUAGAUCAACGUUUGCCACUUCACAGUAAAUUUGAUAUACAACACAGCUUGUUGUAGUGGUGCAGUGCAGUUGUCAGUGCUGCUGACACUGAAGUCUUCCUCAGCAGUGCACCACAGAAGAAAUAGGCCUUGAAACAUUCACACAAAUUAUUGUUUCAGUUGUGUUAAAUUUACUGGGCGUUGGAUAUUCUAACUUUAUAUCUGACCCUGAAUCAGUAAUUUGGUGACGCCGUGUUGUUCAUUGUCGCUCUUGACGUUUUAAUGUGCCAUAGUGAUCUUUCUCAGGACAUCACUGGGAGCUCACUCGCCAUUUGUGUGUUGAGGCCUGGAUUGCAGUUGUUCAGCAUGAGCAUCACGACACAUCUUGUCAACGUGUGUGAGUUUCUGUUAAUAUUUGGAUGUAGGUUCACCAAUGUUUCUUUUUCUCCCUGUUUUUUUUUUUUUGACCUUUGUACCUGUACAGUCAUAGUCAUCUCCCUCUGAGUCACCAGACCAGUGUAUUAAACCUGCAGGCACGCAGCAAUGUCAGAGCCAGUGUUCUGGUAAAGGUCUGAGCUGAGGUCAUUCUUUGUGGAGAAUGAAAAAGAGGAAGUUCUUAUGACUAAUAAAAUGUCCCUUAGUGACAAGGAAAGUUUAGACGUAUCCUGGCAACACAUGCCUUUUUCAUCAAAACAUUAACUCAGCUCAUUUGUCACAUUUUAAAGCGUUUCAUUUGUCUAAAAGCAUUAAAAUAGCUUUUUAUUCAUGCAAGUUCACUCUGAAAUGAUAAAAUAUUAAAUAUUGUAUGUAUGCCUUAAGUAGUAGUAGUUUGUCCAUAAGAUGCAUGUUUCAGAUUAUUUAAUUAUCCACUGAAGCUUUUAUAGCUGAUUGUGAGUUGCUGAUUUCUGAACAGAAACAACUUGUGACAAUCUUAAAAAGUGGUGAAAGCUCAGCAUCCAGUGAGGCCACCGCAUGUACCCGCACACAUCUAAUACCUGUUAUUUCUGAGCUUUUUAUGCAGCAUUUCACCCAAAGAUGUCAGAAAACGGCCAUGACUGCAUUGCAUUUACAUAUAAUCUUAAUCUUCUGUAUGAAACAUCUUAAAGUAAAUGUGUAUUCUGAUGCCUGUAGAUCAGGGAUAUAUGGAGCAGUUUUGUUUUUUUUUUUUCCGUUUUUGGAGGUUCUCAUGUACUUCAUUCUUUCAGCUGAGCUUGUGUGCAUUGUAGCCACACUGUAGGUCACUUAACCUUUAGAAACGAUCACUGCUGAAUAUGAACUGAAAGCUGGAUGCACAGACUUGCUUCAGUCGGUCUGUAUCACAAAUGACAAGGCCUUGAUUCAAGUGUUGCCAAGUUGACUGAACGGAGGCUUUUUAAGCAGAACGUCUUAUAUUGGACAACUAAGCUUUGAUUUUAUUUUAUUUUUUAAUGUUCAGGCUGAAUUUUUGUACCAUUCUGAACUGAUAAUAAAACAAGCUAUUAACACUAA